UGAGGUCAGUCAACCAGUUUUAAACAAUAGGACAUUAGUGUUUAUUAUCCCAUUAUAAACAUUGGAACAGUUUUAUUUUUAGGUGAUUGGAAAACGGCUUUAGAUAUACAGAAUAAAUCUGAGGAUGAAUACAACACAGUAUUGUGGAUUCGACCAGCUAUGGAAGAUCUAAUUUUUAUCAACAAGGCUGUAACAUCUCGUUCGCUUAAUGUCUUGGUUAGCGUUGGUUGUGGAAGCGGCUUUCUGGAGUGGCUCAUUCAUUCUGCUACAGGUCUAAAAGUAGUAGGAGUAGAAGUAGACCGUAACUGGUGGACAUCAUCUUACAUCAAAGUCUACAUACCUCUCAUUUACCAGGAAGAUAAACAGUGUGUGGAUAUUCUCCAAGACAGUGAUACUGCAGUUAUGUUUUGCUACUUUAAUAAUGGUCAUGCUUUCAACGAGUAUUUAAAUAAAUUUAAAGGUCCGUGUCUAAUAAUUGUAGGUCCAAAAUGCAACAGACAUACAAACCCACAUCCAUUCCAUCCUGUGUUUGAACGAGAUGAGUGGGCCCUCAGUGAUUAUAAGCAAAUACAAGACACAAACGAUUAUAUUGUGGUUUAUGACAGGAAACUUGAGUCUGUUGGAAGUUCUCCUUAUUAACAUUGCAUUGUUUUUAACCACUGCUAAGUUCCUAGCUAAAAUAAUUUAAUUUAAAUUUAACAAAGCCUCUUGUUUGUUUGGUCUAAAGAUUUGAGGGCACCCUUGUUGCUCAAGCUCGAAUCAUAAGUACAUGACGAAUCAUAAGUAUCAUGAUAUUAAUUUAUGACUGCAAAGUGUCUGUCAAGAUAAAAAAAACAUUGCAAAUCCUUAUAAAUAGUGAUGGAUUGUAACAAACUCCAUCUGGGACCACUAAUAUAAUAUUGUAAACUCUUAUCAAAAUUAAUAAGAAGAUAGAUGUUUAAUGUUUGUUAGAGCGUAAUGAACGAAUUUAGCAUUUAUUAUGAUAAUUAUUUAAAAUUGAUUGUUUUUAAUUGGGCUUUUAGCAAUUUUCAUAUACUGUGAAUGUAUUGUACAUUGUUUAAAACCAAUAAAAGAUUUAAAUCAAAAUUA